AUUAGUAUUACCAAAACAGAGCCAUUAUCAAUUUAAACCAAAAGAAUAAAAAUGGCGAUUUCUUUGCUCUGUCUUUUUCUCAUCACCUUAGUUUCGUUAAUCUUUGUCGGAAAGAAGAUCAAACGCUCUAAAUGGAAUCUUCCUCCCAGCCCUUCUAUGUUACCGGUCAUCGGAAACUUACAUCAACUUGGAGACUUGCCUCAUAGGUCACUUCAACGUCUAGCCAAAAGAACAGGACAUGUUAUGCUUCUUCACUUAGGGUUUAUCCCUGUAACUGUUAUCUCAUCGAAAGAAGCAGCUGAAGAAGUCCUUAGAACUCAUGACCUAGACUGUUGCAGCAGGCCUGAGCUUGUUGGGACGAGGCUUAUCUCUCGGGGUUUUAAAGACGUUGGCGCUACAUCAUAUGGCCAAGGGUGGAGAGAGCGGCGAAAGUUUAUGGUGCGUGAGCUUUUCUGUUUGAAAAAGGUUCAAUCUUUUCGAUACAUAAGAGAGGAAGAAUGUAACUUUUUAGUCAAGAAAGUUUCGGAAUCAGCGGUGGAUCAAUCUCCGGUUGAUUUGAGCAAAGCCCUUUUCUGGUUAACAUCAAGUAUCGUGUUUAGAGUUGCUUUCGGACAGAGUUUCCACGAGAGCGAGUUUAUCGAUAAAGAAAAGAUCGAAGAGCUCGUGUUUGAAGCAGAGGAUGCUCAGGCUGGUUUCACUUUCUCUGAUUUCUUUCCUUGUACCGGACUUGGAUGGCUUGUUGACUGGAUAUCGGGGCAACACAAGAAGCUAAACGAUGUUUUUCUCAAGCUCGAUGCGUUGUUACAACAUGUGAUUGAUGAUCAUUUGAAACCUGGAAGAUCCAAAGAUAACAGAGACAUCAUCGAUGAAAUGUUGGAUGUGAUGCAUAAACAAGGCAAAGAUGAUGAUUCUUUGAGGCUCACUAUAGAUCAUAUUAAGGGGAUUCUCACGAAUGUAUUUAUGGCAGGGAUAGACACAGGAGCUAUUACUAUGAUAUGGGCAAUGACAGAGCUCGCUACAAACCCGGAAGUGAUGAAGAAACUUCAAGGCGAGAUCAGAGAACGUCUUGGCAACAAUAAGGAGAGAAUCACUGAAGAAGAUAUCAAUAAAGUUCCUUUCUUGAACUUGGUGAUCAAGGAAACAUUCAGGUUACACCCAGCAGCUCCUCUUCUGCUCCCAAGGGAAACUAUGGCUCACGUCAAUGUUCAAGGCUAUGAUAUUCCUCCAAAGAGAAGGAUCUUGGUCAACGCUUGGGCCAUAGGAAGAGAUCCGAAAUACUGGACAAACCCGGAAGAGUUUAACCCGGAUAGGUUUAUCGACAGCCCUGUGGAUUAUAGAGGCCAACAUUUUGAGCUCUUACCGUUUGGGUCUGGUCGUAGGAUAUGUCCUGGCAUAUCAAUGGGAAUAGCUACUGUGGAAUUGGGACUCUUGAACUUACUUUACUUCUUUGAUUGGAGAGCACCUGAUGGGAUGACACAUAAAGACAUCGAUACAGAAGAAGCUGGUUCUCUUACAGUCGUCAAGAAAGUACCUCUCAAGCUCGUACCAGUUCCAGUUCAGUGAUUGCACCAAACUUCAGUUCCAUACUUUUAAAAUGUUUUAACAAAUAUGGUAAACAAAUCCUGUAAAAUACAAUGUUUUGAAGACCUCUAUACGUUCAAGAAAACUGUAAAGUGAAUCUAUUGAAACGUAUGUUUGAUACACUAUCUUUGUA